CCGCCCAAUAACCUUUAUUAGCAAAUUAAGUACCCAUGUAAUUCCCCUCCAAAAAACAUUUUUGCAAAUACUGGUCAGUAAAGAGACGAACGCCAUUUUUGCCUCCCCAUCUCAAAUGCAUGUUUUGCUUUGGCCAAACCUGGGCUCCCAAAAACACACACACACACACAGAAAUGAUUCCACCCCCUGCUUGCUCGGAUGGUUGAAUUCCUCAGCGCAGAUCACACAAAAACAGGGAGGGCGGCCAUCUUCUUCCAUUGCCCGCCAGAACACCAAGCAGCAUUCUGAGGGCGGCCAUUUUGAGCUCACCACGCUGACUGCAGCCCGCCAUGAAUAUCUGGCAACUCUCCCCACCCAAUGACUCAAUAAGCCUUCUCUUUUGGUUGUGGGCCAGCUGGCACGGUCCACAACGUUACAGGCCUGGUGGGGCCAGGAUUGGCUGCACCUUGAGAAUUCAAGCAAUGACAACCGGUCGCCUCGUGUUCCAAGUGCAGCCAUUUUGAAAACCCCACCAGUGAAGAAGAAGCUGCGCCAAGUCCUGAGGGCGGCCAUCUUGGAAACACGACUGGCAUGGACAACACCUGUGAGGAGAAGCCUUUUUCUUAGAGGAGGAGAAAAGGGAAAGGAAAAUUAUUUAUUUUUUUGCCUUUUGAAACAAAGGAUUAACGGAUCUUCUACCUCCAAUUCUCUCAACAGCGCUGGGAACGAUGGCAGUCUCCGUACUGUUCUGAGUGGCACCUAAGGGAUGCCUUUCAUUCAAAAUAAAAGUUUAAAAAGGAUGUGCAUGUGUGUAUGUGGGAAGCUUCUCUAUGAGGGGAAUUUGUUAAAAGAGAGCGGGGCUUUUUUGCUUGCAUGAAGGAGCACCAGAUGGGGACCUCGACCCACUUAAGAUUCCACAGAGCACGCCAUUCCUAGCAUGUCAAAGUUCCUCCUUCUCCUCCUUGGUCUUCUUCUGGAAGGAAGCAAGGAUGUUCAAGCGCUUCUGGAGUUCCUCCUUCUUGCCCUCGCUCAUCUUGUUCUCCUCAAUGAGCUUGCUGAUUCGGGAGACUUCGCUGGCGGCAAACUGGUCCCCCUGGGCGAGGAUUUUGCUCAUGACCUUGACGUACUGCUCCGAGGACUUCUGCUCUGUCUCCUUCGCCCUGGCCAGGAGUUUCCGCCCUUCUUCCAGGAGGGCCUGGCGCUCCAGCUCUUCCGUGGCACCCACAAAUUUGCUGGCCAAGGUGUCAAACUCCUUCAGGCACCCCGGCAUCCCCAUGUAGAUCCCCCGGCUCUUCAGCCAGCGCUGCAGGGAGCUCGCUUUGACCUGCCCAGGGUAAGGCAAAGGGUUAUCCAGGUCGCCAUCUUGGAACAGGUAAAAAACCGGGUAAGCGUCUUUAUCAAGCUUGUACUUCUCCCCCAGUUCCAUGUUCAGCUUGUCACCAUAAUCUGCGAACAGAAGACCGAUAAUAAAACAGCAGGACUUGAAAAUGGGGCUAUGGUUGCCUAAGGCUAUGGCUGCAAUCCUACAGUGCCCAAUGGGAAACCCAAAAACUCAUGCAACAUGUUCCCAGACAGCUGGGCCACUGCCAGUAUAGUCCACGAUCAAGAUUGUUAAGUGUUGUUCAGCAACAUCUGGAGAGCUGCGGUUUAACCGCCCUGGUUUCAGUGAAUAAACACGUACUAGUCUUUCUCACUGAAACCUGUGGGUUUUUAAAGUGUCUAAAUCUGGACUGUAUCGUUUUUCAUUUUGAAAUGUUCUAGACUCGGGACAGAGGAGCUGAGUCCUAUACCCACACAGAAGUAAGCACCACUUAAUAAUAAUAAUUUAUUAUUUAUACCCCACCCAUCUGGCUGAGUUUCCCCAGCCACUCUGGGUGGCUUCCAAUCGAGUGUUAAAAACAAUACAGCAGUAAAUAUUCAAAACUUCCCUAAACAGGGCUGCCUUCAGAUGUCUUCUAAAAGUCAGAUAGCUGUUUAUUUCUUUGACAUCUGCUGGGAGGGUGUUCCAGAGGUUGGGCGCCACUACCAAGAAGGCCCUCUGUCUGGUUCCCUGUAACCUCACUUCUCGCAAUGAGGGAACCGCCAGAAGGCCCUCGGCGCUGGAUCUCAGUGUCCGGGCUGAACAAUGGGGUGGAGAUGCUCCUUCAGCUGUACAGGACUGAGGCCGUUUAGGCCUAACUUAACUUAAUGGGGAUCUCUAUUCUGGGGAAGCACCAUAUUAUUAUUACAAUUAAUUCCUUAAUCGCCUUCUAAACCACUGUCUUAGGGCGAUUCACACGUAAGAUAAUUAAAAACAGAUAAAACCACACACACAAAACCUAAUAUGUUUAAUAAAAUGCUAAAAUCCUAACCAGUGAACACAUGGUAAAGAUCCAUCUAGCCAGUAGGGAAAGCCUGCCCCCUGUAGAAGGGAGAAUCCCAUAUCAGAACCCCCCUGCUUGCAACGGAAGAUCACUGCUCACUUGUGUAAGAUCAGGGAUUCCCUUGGGCCGGUAGAGGCUUCUCCCAUUUCCAUAGCAAAACGGAUGGGGGUUGUGUGUGUGCUUAGGAGACACCUGUGUGAGGCUGGCAAACAGCACUUGUCACGCAACAUGUCUUGCACAUUCCCAGGCAAAGUGAUGAUGCAGAAAGGAGCAUGCACAUGCGCGCACACACACACACACACACACACACACACACACCAGUCUUAUGCAUGGGGUGCUUCCUCAAAAUACCCCAUACCUCAUAACUGCACACAUUGCAAGCCUUGCAACCUCUCUCUCUCUCUCCCCAUCCCAGCUCUUUUUAAGCAAACACACACAGAGGGUUUCCUGCGAUUCAUUGGUGCAGUCAACACGAAUAAUUUUGCAAAAAGCAAAACGCAAUCAGCAACUUGCAAACCGGCAGGAGACACGACAAAUCCUAUGGAAUGUGUUGUACCUCCGCUGUCAUCUGCAUCAUGCACUUGACUACCAGCUGCUGAGAACUGCAGGUGCUCGGAUCCUGCUUGCGGGUUUCCCAUUGAGGCAUCAAGCUGGCCACUUUGAGAACAGGAUGCUGAGCUAGAUGGACCUUCAGCCUGAUCCAGCAGCGAACUUCUUACGCUGCUACAUUUUCUCCCUCUCUGAUAAGGAGCAGGUAAAUGGAAUGAGAGUGCCCGCCGUUUUUGCAAGCUGCUUUCACCUCCCUGCAACCAAGUCCCCUGUUUCUCUAAAGGUCCAAGCUCGUCCACCCCAUCACAAAAAAAGCAAGUUUAGAAAUAAUGAAGCACCGUAUUUUUCGCUCCAUAAGACACACUUUUUCCCUCCUAAAAAGGGGAAAUGUGUGUGCGUCUUAUGGAGCGAAUGCAGGCGAGAAAAGCCCCCAAGAGCCGAACACAUGCUCCACACGGCUCUUGCGGGGUUUUCCCCGAGGAGGGAGAAGGGCAGCCUGUCACUGACGGGGUGUCCUUCUCCCACCUCAUAGAAAAGCCCGCAAAAGCAGUGCUCCCUUAAAGAGCGCGCGGCUCUUGCUGGCUUUUGCAGGAGGUGGGGGAAUUCCCCAACCUCGUAGAAAAGCCCGCAAGAGCCGCGUGCUCUUUAAAGAGCCGUGCCUAGCGUGUGUGCAGCUCUUGGGGGGUCCCCCCCCCGUCAGUCCCUUCUCCCUCCUCGGGGAAAAGCCCCCAAGAGUCACACACAUGCUCCACGGCUCUUGCGGGCUUUUCCCCGAGGAGGGAGAAGGGCUCUUGCUGGCUUUUGCGGGAGGUGGGGGGAUUCUCCCACCUUGUAGAAAAGCCCGCAAGAGCCGUGCUCCCUUUAAAGAGCGCACGGUUCUUGGGGGCUUUUGUGGGAGGUGGGGGAAGCGACAGAGGGCAGCCCCUCAGUCCCUUCCCCCACCUCCCACAAAAGCCCCCAAGAGCCACGCUCCCUUUCACGAGCCGCGCAGAGCUGCCCUUCUCCCUCCUGGGGAAAAGCCUGCAAGCGCCGCACACACGCUCCACGCAGCUCAUGAAAGGGAGCGCUAAGCACAGCCUGGGAUGCAUACAGACUCUGCUCAUCGCUCCCUUAAAAAAAAAAAAAAUUCUUGCAUUCCCCCUCUAAAAACUAGGUGCGUCUUAUGGUCAGGUCUGUCUUAUGGAGCGAAAAAUACGGUAAGCACUGUGUUUCUGGCUGUGUGUAGCACCUUUUCUCACUCCACCCAUAGAACUUAAAAAUCAGUAAUGACUAGCCCUCUCCCAUGGUUUCCCUGCUCCUCAAAUCAAAAUGCAAGGGAGUGGGGAACUUAGGAAAAAUUCCUCCUGCGGACUGGGCAAUCACAGGGGGAAAGAGGAAAUUAAAGCCAUGCCUGUCUCUUCUGCCUCCCUCUAAGCAUCUUCAACACAAAUUCUUUCCCUCCCCCCGAAAAACAAAAAUUUCAAUAUCUUAGUCAGUGAGUUUACUCCCUAUUUCUUAAUAAUCCACAAGACCAUCUCUCUCCCUCUCUCUCACACACACAAUAUUCAGCAACGUCAACCAGUUAAUACAAUUAAAGCUCUGCUAAACUCAGUAUGUUGCAUCAGACAGGAGGAAGAGAUGUUUGCAGAGAUUCAGGAAGAAAGGCGUCAUUCUGAUCAGCUUAUCCUAAGCAAAAAGCCCUGCCUCCGUUAUCGAUGUUUGCACAGUGUUAAGAGAUACAACAGUUAAUCUGGCAUCCAUUUUAAAAAAGAAGAGAAGUAAAAGACAAAUUUAUAGACCUCAUGAUCUGUGUACAAGUCCGCCAUAAGCAUCUCACCUGAUAUCCCCACCUCGGCCACCAACAAAUCGUCACUGGAUUCUGAGCUUUCGGCCACCUUUUUGAACUCAUCCUGCUUCUCUCCGUAAGGAUACUGGGUGUCAAAUUUCACCAGCACAAACUUGUGCUUCGGGAUCACCUAAAAGGAAAGCACCACAAAAGCUCUGAAUGUGCGCUGUCUGGAAGCGAUCUGGUUUCCAAAGUCAUCUGCAAAACACCUGAGGCAUUCUGACAUAUAACAUAUAACCUGAGGCUGUCAGUGGUCACUCAAGCUUUACAGCUGGGAUGGGGAACCUGUCCCCACCCUGCCUGUCUCCCUCAAUAAUGACUGGGCACUAAGUCCCAUCAUCCUUGACCAUUGAGAGGCACUGUAUUGCUCCUUCUCAAACACCAGUGCUGACCCCCAACUUUAGCUACGUUCCUAGACAUCCAGAAAUAAUUUAGUCAAUUGACUCUAGAUCUUAAAAUAUCUUUUUUUAAAAAGCCAUACUUAAUUGAAAUUCAUAGGAAAAAAAACCCUAAAUAAACAAAACAACAAAAAAACCCCAAUAUUGUGUAAGUAAUCUUAUAUAAAUUUACAAAUACAAAUUAAUUCAAUCUUAAAAUAUCUUCAGCCAAUAGGAUUCUGUGUUACCGUCGAAAACAGUUAAAAGCAGCUGUUUAAAACAUUCGGAAUUUCAAAAUUGACGAUAAGCCAAAAACAGAUUAAAACAUGUCAAAAGUUCUAAAUCGGUGGGUGCAUUUGCCUAAACAAUGACAAUAAUUUAUUAUUUAUACCCCGCCCAUCUGGCUGGGUUUCCCCAGCUACUCUGGGCAGCUCCCAACAGAAUAUUAAAAACACGAUAAAACAUCAAAUGUUAAAAGCUUCCUUAAACAGGGCAGCCUUCAGAUGUCUCUUAAAAGUCAGAUAGUAUGAUGGGAGGGCGUUCCACAGGGCGGACGCCACUACUGAGAAGGCCCUCUGCCUGGUUCCCUGUAACUUGGUUUCUUGCAGUGAGGGAACCACCAGAAGGCCCUCAGAGCUGGACCUCAGUGUCCGGGCUGAACGAUGGGGGUGGAGACGCUCCUUCAGGUUUCCAGCAGGCACCAAAAAGAGGACAGUGAAGGCACCCGUCUGAUGUCAGCAGGCAGCGGUUUUAGGGUGCUGAGUAUCAUACUAAAAGACUGAUUUCUUACAAAUGCAGAUACAGUGGUGCCCCGCAAGACGAAAAACUCGCUAGACGAAAGGGUUUUGCGUUUUUUGAGUCGUUCCGCAAGACGAAUUUCCCUAUGGGCUUGCUUCGCAAGACGAAACGUCUUGUGAGUUCUUGCGAGUUUGUUUCCUUUUUCUUAAAGCCACUAAGCCGUUAAUAGCCGCUAAGCCGCUAAUAGCCGUGCUUCGCAAGACGAAAAAACCGCAAGACGAAGAGACUCGCGGAACGGAUUAAUUUCGUCUUGCGAGGCACCACUGUACAGAUAUUAUGGGGCACCUGUGUCAGUUCUGUAUACCAAAGUAGCUGAGUGGGCAUUUAUGCUGUAAGGCAAUCUCAUAGGUAAACUGGUCCCCGGUUGCUACUGGCUUUAUAUACUAAUAGCAUAUGUGCCACAUUUCCAGUAAUGCACUGAGCCAUGCCAUUAGUCCACCUUGCCAGCCUUGCCUACACAGACUGGCAGCAGUUCUCCAGGGCCUCAGGCCAGAGUGCUGCCCGUCUGAAACCCCUUUUAUAACUGAAGAGGCCAGGGAGCUUUUUGCAUGCAAGGCAGCUGCCCCACCAAACAUCUCAUUUAAAAAGCUAUUCUAAGGUGCAAUCCUCAUGUGAAUCUGCAGAGUUGGCUGUCACUAAGCUCAUUUUACAGAAGGGUAAAACAGGCUAUUCUCCAGGGAUAGUCCCAUUCAACAACAAAAAAGGACAAAGGGAAAUAUGAUGUUUGUUCUUCGUUAUUGAAAAUUUAAUAAAAUUUAAUAAUUUAAAUAUUUUUUAAAUGCACGGAGGUGGGGUUUCUUGCUGCACCCCACUUAUCGGACAGAACUGCUGCAGGGCACAAAAGUGCAGGAUGUGACUUGUCUGGAGUUGCACAGUUCCCAGGCUUUAGGCGGAGACGCUCCAGUUCCCACGCCUCUGAGGCAGCCUUGCUUAAUUUUGACUUAGCAAGGUAAUAAGUGCAAAAUGCCUGGACUUUGCUGCAGAAAUGCUAUGUGUUAACAGUAGGCUAAUAAAAUUUGAGCGGUUAUGACUACACGCAAACGUACUCUGGAAAUGCAGCUAGCAAGAUAGGAAUCCUAAAUUCUUUUUCAAAAAUUAAUAAGUUGUUGCACCCUAGAGCUUCCAUUCAAUUCCUCAGCAUAAUAAGCUCUUCAAGCUGGUUGAAAUUCCAGUCAAGCACAGGUGCAAUAAUACCGCUACAUAUAAUCUAACAUAUAUGAUCUAGCAGGGGUGCACAGAUGCUAUGCUCAUGGGAUCUGCUUUGUUUUUAACUAGACUCCCAGGAGACCCAUUGAGUAGAGCUGGGAGCAAAAGAUCUUUCAUUCAGAAUUAUGAGCCCGGGAAUUUAUUUUGAGUGGCAGAACUGAAUGGACCUCACAGUCCUUCCACGCACAAAAAUCCAUUUCUGGUUACCUCCCCUCCCCUUACUUCUUUUCAGAAAUGUAAUUUAGGGCGGGGGUGGCGGUUCGUAGCUCAGUUGGUCAGAGUGCGGUGCUGAUAAGGUUGCAGGUUUGAUUCCCGCAUGGGACAGAUGUAUAUUCCUGGGUUCCUUCUACAAUUAUUUGAUUCGACGAUUAGACAAAUUAAUGGAAGAGAGGAAUAAAUUAAAAAAUUGUCCAGUAGCACCUUAGAGACCAACUAAGUUUAAGACAGAGCUAUUCUGCCUGGCUUUCAAUUUGAACUUAACCUGAUCUUUUAUUCCCCUUCCUUCCCUCCCCCUCCCCUUUUUAUUACCCGCUCUGGGAUCCCACAGCUAAUUCUCCCCUGGUCUCCUCGCUGGCCCAAAUAGGACUAAUUUAGCCAGCUAGCCCUGGUGAUCAUCUAAUGUUUAUUGAAUGGAUUUUCCCCCUAAAUUGAUUUCUGAAUUUAUUGUUAUUCACGUUUUAUACUGUAUUUUAUGCUUUUUUUGUUGUAUCAAUUAAGUGUUUUAAAUUUGUUGUUAGCCGCCCUGAGCCCCGUUUUCUGAACUGGGAAGGGCGGGGUAUAAAUAAAAAAAUAUUAUUUAUUUAUAUGUUUGUUCUGGGUAUAAGCUUUCAUGUGCAUGCACACUUCUUCAAAUACCUGAAUGGAAGAGAGGGCUACUGAUGGCUUCUACUAGCCAAUUGGCUAUGCUCUGGGCUCCACAAUUGGAGCAGCAAUGCUUCUGACAACCAGCUUCUGGAAACUGCAGGAAGGAAGCGUGUUCUUGUGGUCAGAAACUCCUUGCCGGUUUCAUACAGACACCUGGUUGGCCACUGCGAGAACAGGAUGGCGGACUAGAUGAGCUAUUAACCUGAUCCUGCAGGGUCUUUGUAUGUUCUUAACAUUUUGCUGGAAGAAGAGGUUUACUGCUGGCUUAUUAUAUAUUAAAGGUAAAGGGACCCCUGACCAUUAGGUCCAGUCGUGACCGACUCUGGGGUUGCGGCACUCAUCUCGUUUUAUUGGCCGAGGGAGCCGGCGUACAGCUUCCGGGUCAUGUGGCCAGCAUGACUAAGCCGCUUCUGGCGAACCAGAGCAGCGCACGGAAACGCCGUUUAGCUUCCCGCCAGAGUGGUACCUAUUUAUCUACUUGCACUUUGAUGUGCUUUUGAACUGCUAGGUUGGCAGGAGCAGGGACCGAGCAAUGGGAGCUCACCCCGUUGCGGGGAUUCAAACCACCGACCUUCCGAUCAGCAAGUCCUAGGCUCUGUGGUUUAACCCACAGCGCCACCCGCGUCCCUAUAUAUUAUAUACUAUAAUAUGCGUCCCACGUAUUGUAUAUUACAGGAAAAUAAAUUCUCCAUAUCAAGAGGAAGUACACCUCUGAGGCUAGGAAUAUACAAUGGGGAGGGUGUGUGUUGUGUGUGUAUAUUCAAAAGGAGUCGCUGGGACUCUUAAUUUGUCUUGAACCCAUUUUCCACCCACCAUUCCAGGACUGAUCCUUCCAUAUUCUUGCUUGGAAAUGAGCUCUCUGCAUAUUCUCAGGGGUACUCUCACUUCAUUUUGCUCAGGGGAGAAAUCCUUGGUGCUGAUUCAGGAAUCGGGCACAAAUUGUGCCCCUCCUCACCCUGGAAAGCAAAGCAAGUUUGCAUUGCCCUUGGCAUCCACUUGGACAACUAUGAUUGGUGACUGUCUGAAGCCGCCUCCCUCGACUGGGUGGAGCAAGGAGACAAAUUUUGCAAUUAAACUGCAGGUUGCAUAUCAGAAACUAAGGGCAGAGAAAGAAGUGGGAGUGAAACGCCCCACUUGCAAUACUUGUGGAGUUACACAGGAGUAAAUUCCACUAAGAAAACAGGCACAAUAACUCCUUCAGGUUCCCCAACAAAAACACAGGAUACUAAUGGAAUAUCAAUAGUAACAGUGGUAUAAAGGCUCUAUUUUUAAUCUAAUCCAAUCCAUUGAAUCAAUAUUGCAAUCUACUGCUAUCAACAUGCAUGAUUCUGUAUGAUCGGAUAACAUAAUUUAAGGCAGCGGGGCUAAAAUAAUUCAGGGUGAGAUUUCUGUUGUGUUCAGAGGCCUUUGUGUCCUGGAAAUGUGAUGCCAAGCUAGUGUGUGCAAAAAGCAGGCCUAAGACCUGGGUUCAAAUCCUCCACAGAGCCCUGUAGCUCACUGGGUGACCUUGGGCCAGUCUCUCACUCUCUGCCUAACCUACCUCACAGGGUUGCUGUGGGGAUAAAAGGGGGAGGAGAACUUUCCAUGCCACCUUGAGCGUACCCUGGAUGGAAAGUGGGAUCUAAAAGCAACAAAAUAAAAAUAAAAACCUACCGCAAAUACUGCAUGCGCGGGGAUUCUUGUUAGUAUGGCUGCACCUAGCCUGUUUCCAGGUCGCCUUUGUCCUCUCCAACACCCCCUUCCCUUCUUUCCUGCUUCAUGCCAAGGGGCGCGCCCCCUCCCCCAUAAUCCAGUUGGACUAUGCCCUCUGCCACCCACUAAUAUGAGGAGGGGGCGUGUUGCGCAGCUGAUCUCUUUUCAGGCAUCCCAAGCAGAGAGCAGGAGCGAUGGGCAAAUCGCUUUAACCAAGAAGCAAAUCGGGCGCGCAACGCCGGACUUUUGCAAAUGCAAUUUGCAAUUUUGGGCAUGAUUUGAGAGAGAUGCCCCUAUGUCCGCCGAGAGGAGGGAGGAAUCGGAGCAGAAGGCCCCCCCCCCCCAGUUCAUCCUCCCCCCCCAAAAGCAUGCAAGUGUCGUUUCCAGCAUCAUCCCUCCCCUUAAGAAAACGAAAUAAAAGGCAAUUUGCUCUACCUUGUAGAAGGUGAUGGCGUCGAGGGGCAGGGCGCCCUUGGUGUGCAAAGCGCAGCUGCUCUCCAGGGCAAAGCAGAGCAGCAGGGACAGGAGCAGCAGGGCGCUCCGCCGAGGGAUCCCCAUAGCCAUGGCGACCCGGUGCAUUUCUGGGCGAAUGUGGAAGAUUCUACAGGGAGGGAGGGGCUUUGCUGGGCAUGGCCACGUGACCAAAGGCUAGAUUCCCUCCCAGGCACUUCAAAGGGCCGCCUCAUUUAAGGCGGGGGGGCGUGGCUUGCGUGCGUGCGAGAUUCCUUUUUUGGGGGGGGGGUGUUGCAGAGAAGGGAAGCGGGUGGCGCUGUGGGUUAAACCACUGAGCCUAGGACUUGCCGAUCAGAAGGUCGGAGGUUCGAAUCCCCACGAGGGGGUGAGCUCCCGUUGCUCAGUCCCUGCUCCUGCCAACCUAGCAGUUCGAAAGCACGUCAAAGUGCAAGUAGAUCAAUAGGUACCACUCCGGCGGGAAGGUAAACAGUGUUUCCGUGCACUGCUCUGGUUCGCCAGAAGCGGCUUAGUCGUGCUGGCCUCAUGACCCGGAAGCUGUAUGCUGGUUCCCUCGGCCAAUAAAGCGAGAUGAGCGCCGCAACCCCAGAGUCGGCCACGACUGGACUUAAUGGUCAGGGAUCCCUUUACCUUUACUAUGUUGCAGAGAGGCACGGCUUUCCUUUGCCCCAGGAUCCAGCACCGGCGCCCCAUGUUGCUUUGCUCAUGGCUUCUCUCCUGUCUCCUGUUUUGCAGCAAGGAAGGCCUACGUUUGCAACGCAAGGUUCAAGCAGCAUGUGCAGAGUGCAUGUAGUUGUUUAGUCGUGUCCAACUCUUUGUGACCCCCUGGACCAGAGCACGCCAGGCGCUCCUGUCUUCCACUGCCUCCCGCAAUUUGGUCAAACUCAUGCUGGUAGCUUCGAGAACACUGUCCAACCAUCUUGUCCUCUGUUGUCCCGUUCUCCUUGUGCCCUCCAUCUUUCCCAACAUCGGGGUCUUUUCCAGGGAGUCUUCUCUUCUCAUGAGGUGGCCAAGGUCUUGGAGCCUCAGCUUCAGGAUCUGUACUUCCAGUGAGCACUCAGGCCUGAUUUCCUUCAGAAUGGAUAGGUUUGAUCUUCUUGCAGUCCAUGGGACUUUCAAGAGUCUCCUCCAGCACCAUAAUUCAAAAGCAUCAUUUCUUCGGUGAUCAGCCUUCUUUAUGGUCCAGCUCUCACUUCCAUACAUCACUACUGGGAAAACCAUAGCUUGAACUAUAUGGACCUUUGUUGGCAAGGUAAUGUCUCUGCUUUUUAAGAUGCUGUCUAGGUUUGUCAUUGCUUUUCUCCCAAGAAGCAGGCGUCUUUCAAUUUCGUGGCUGCUGUCACCAUCUGCAGUGAUCAUGGAGCCCAAGAAAGUAAAAUCUCUCACUGCCUCCAUUUCUUCCCCUUCUAUUUUCCAUGUGAUGGGACCAGUGGCCAUGAUCUUAGUUUUUUUGAUGUUGAGCUUCAGACCAUAUUUUGCGCUCUCCUCUUUCACCCUCAUUAAAAGCUUCUUUAAUUCCUCCUCACUAUUUCACACAGAGUGCAUAGCUGUCAGCUUUUCCCUUUUCUUGCGAGGAAUCCUAUUUGAAAUCAGGGAAUUUCCCUUAAAAAAAAGGAAACGUUGACAGCUAUGGCAGAGUGCCUUUCCCCCUUGUCAUUGCAAUGCAAGAAAAGCAAGCCCAGCUCUGAAUCCCAGACAUGUAUAAGAUAAGCAAGCUAUAGCCAAGGGCCCCACUCUCUUUGGGGCUCCCAAAAAAUGUAAAUGUAAUAAAUGUAAAAAAUGUAAAAACUAGGUGUACAUUUCCAAAAUAUAAGAUACAAAAAAAUCUACAAACAGCAACAAGUGUUUUGUGUUGUGUUGGCUCCUAUGAUGUAAGUAAUGGGCCCCCAAUCAUUUUAAGUUAGAGCUUAAUAAUUAUUUCACUAUUAAAAUACUUCUUCUUAAUUGUAUUUCACUAUUAAUAUACUUAAUUGUAUUUCAGUUAACAAUUACUUUGAUAAAAUACAUAUUUUUUUACGUGCAAAAGAUACCUAUUAGGUAUACCUUUAGAUACCUAUUAGGUCCAUAAAUGACCAUAUAGCAUAUAUUCAACACAAAAAACAGCGACAAUUUGUUGACAAAGGACAGCUGAACAUCUAAAGGGCCCCAUUACCUUCAGUUGCUUAGGGCAUCAUCAAUAAUUAAUAAUAAUACUCUGGGCAGCUUCCAAUAAAACACUAAAAUACAAUAACCUAUUGAACAUUAAAAGCUUCCCUAAACAGGGAUGUCUUCAGAUGUCUUCUAAAGGUUUGGUAGUUAUUUUUCUCUUUGACAUGUGGUGGGAGGGCGUUCCGCAGGGUGGGUGCCACUACUGAGAAGGCCCUCUGCCUGGUUCCCUGUAACGUGGCUUCUCGCAGCGAGGGAACCGCCAGAAGGCCCUCGGUGCUGGACCUCAGUGUCUAAACCUAAAUCCGGCCCUGAUCCCAGACCCCGGUGGUGCAGCCAGGUACCCAAGGCAGAAAAAAUAAAGGGGUCUAGGCCGGGAGCAUCCCUUGUUUGCAGGAGAACAGAGAAAGCUGCUUUGCUUACCAUUUGAAAAUUGGCAGGAAGGCAAGGAGAGGCAAAGAAAAAAUGCUUUGGGCAAGCUGCUGCCAAUCUCAUGCUCUGCAGGAGGGGAACAGGCAGGGAGUCAAUAAAUGUGAUCCUGCCUUAUCCCUGGCCACCCAAAUCCAGUUUGAAUUAAAAACAGUGCUCCCCCAAAAUAUCUGAUUUAGAAAAUCUAUAGGGGGAAAGAAUGCUGAAGGUGAAUUGUCUUUUACUACCAAAGCCCUUGGUCGAGUGGGUGCAAACUGAUUCCAAGUGAAGCUGAAGGGAAAAUCACGCUACUGUACUUCCUAAGCCACUCUUCCCUAUGAGACCCCAGCACAUUACAAUUUAAAAUUAAAUUAAAACCACAGUGCCACUCGCGUCCCUCUACAAUUUAAAAUAUAAUAUGGGAAACGAAGGUAAAUAAAGAGUAUAGUGCUCCUUUGAGAGGAAGGGUGGGAUAUAAAUUUAAUAAGUAAUAAUUUUCUCUGAAACUUUCUGGGCCAAAUCUGCCUCUUUUGUAGCUAAGCAUUAAAAAAGCAGGGCUGGGAGUCUAGAAAUCCUUCAUAUUUUUGCAAAAUAAUGAUAAUCCCACACCCUUAAAGAAAAAGGCAGAAAAAACUUGUUUAUAAAGAAACUGACCUUUAUAUAUAUAUUUAUAUAUAUAUAAAUUAUAAAUCCAUCCAGUUUAAAGCAGAUUGCUAGCAGUUUUGUCACUUAAAAUUCUGUCAGCUGCUUAAGUGUUUUACAGACCUUCCAAAGUCAUAAAUUACAGAGAACAAGUCAAGGAAUAAAAAGUUCCAAGCUUUCUUGCAUAUAACAGAAAUCCCCUUUAUAGAUCAAAGUAAGAGACAAACCCUCCUCCAUGAUUCAACAUAACAAUUGCAAAAUAUAAAUGCAAUUUUAAACAAGUUAAAAAUUACUAAAAAUAUACACACCCCCUCCAGCUAAAUGGGCAAUACAGGUGGCUGAUGUAGUUUUCUUGAGAGAGAGGAACGUAACUGGAUUACAACAAUGAAAUAUUUUAACUUUAGAAAUUGGUUGCUGGAAGCAGCUGCCGAACCAUUUUGGCUCAUGAUCCCAGCACUGCAUAAAAGUAGUCUGUAGCUCUCUUUUUAUACAUGUUUAAGUUCAUGAAAAUGAGAUAAAACAACAGUGGUACAUUAUUUCACAAAUUCAGAAAGGGAGGUUUGUGUGUAAGUAUGUGUGUUGCUAUAGAAGGAACGAAAACAUUUGGUUUAUUAAGAACUUGAGUUUUGUUGACAACGAUCAGUUUCUCCAGAAACUUACAAUUUAACUUUUCUGCCAAAUUCUCUCCCUGUAGUGGACCCAAAUGAUUAUUGUGCUGGAAUCUGAUGCUGCCCCUGAUACAUAUGUAGUUGUCAGAGAAAAACCCCAAACGAACUCCUAUGUAAUGGAGUAUUUUGAUCAUAAGGAGUGGGGAGCAGGGCAUUGUAUUUCCUCGAUUGGAUCCUGAGAGCUUUGCAAACUGCUGCUUCAGAAAUAAAUUCAAAUGUGUAGGAUUUUCCAUUUCUUUUAAAGGGCAAUGCUGCUACCAACAUGGACACGCCCGCCCCACCUGGAUUUCAGGAGAAAUUGGUUCCAGGCCCAACACAGAAGGAAGAUGUUGCCACAAAGCAGGCAAGUUACACAAGAGCACAAUUGUCUUAACUGAAGGCAUUCCCAACUUGGCAAACAGAAUUCACCACCUGUACCAUUUUGAGAUACUUCUUGGUUAUCCCCAUUGCCUAGCAUAGUUCUGUCCCCUGCUUUUGUUCUGUAUGGAGAAAGGUGGGGGGGACUUAAAAGGAUUAUUUUUGCUUAUGUCUUUAGUGACCUCUAGCACUGCCAACAAAAGAAAACACCUGGAAUCAAGGUGUCUGAUGCAGGUAGACUCCUUUUAGGAGCUGCUAGUGAAAUGUCUCUGGAACCUUAUAUGAUUCUUGCAAUAACUGGGGCUUUUUUUUAAAAAGCCUCACUUCCAAAAGCAAGCACAGAAGGCCUUCAUUCUCCAAUAGAUCUUACUGGCAAAUCUAGACUUCAGUAUGUCACUAAAUUGCAUGUGUAGCUGGAGUGAAGAACGGUUCCAGAUUAAAAUAAAUAAAGACUGAUUUCUUGUGUGGCGUCUAAGAAUCAUGCUGGCGUUUCUGGACAAAAAACAUAUCUAUGUAGGCAUCAUUCUGAGACACACACACACACACACUGCUCUGAGGAGCAAGUUGAUCACACUACCAAACUAUUCAGGUGGGUUUCACACAGCAGCUUUCCCUCCUUCAGCAGGUAGAUUGGGGAUUGUUCCUGGAAGAAGCAGGUACUUCUCCUGUGAAUGACAAGAUGGCCACGGAAAAUCUACUGGUCCCCCUCAGCUGUGCGAAAUGGUGAUUAAGCAGGCUGAAGUGGCUAGAAUGUACUAACACAUCAACACAACUGGCAAAAUAAACGCCGUGUGGAUCAUUCCUAAAAGUACACCUGAAAAUUUUACGGUCAAGGUCUUCAGAUCCCUCCUAAUAGCAGAAAUAAGCUAAUCACAAAAAUUCACAGGGCCUAGAAUUCUGCACAAGGAAUCUGUAGUGGACUGGCCACAAGAGAAACGGCUCACCCACUUGUUUCUAGGAAAAAUGAUGUGCCAUCCCCCAAGACUACCAGCUCUUUCAAAAAUUUAAAGCUUGUUAUCAUCGUUUUUCCUUUAGCCAGGUAUCUGCCAAAGCCUGAAGUCUUUGUUGCCAUAAAAAUUACCUAUUUUCAGUACCCAUUGAUUCUGAAACAGCUAUAAUUUGGUAGAAAAAAAGUUUAGUGGUAGAGGCAACUCCCAGUUUAGGCAUGUCUGAAUGAUGCAUGAUGGUACCCAAGUGCACAUCGCUGAACCCGUAAGUAGCCCCAAAAUGUCAUAAAGAUGCCAUGACAAGGGGCUGGAUGGGCUGGGCUUAUGGAACGGUACCUCCAAACAAAACAAGGACUGCCUGUACCAUGUAACAUGAUGAACAAAGUAACAAGGAGUGGGAGGAGGGAUAUUCAAGGUGGUGCCUGGAUAAUCAAGCCUGCUACACUUGUAUUUGGUUACAAAGGAAGAUCAAGAUACUUUAUCGAAAGCCAUUUCUUUUGGCCAGAUGAUGAUUUCCAUGCAUUUAAUAAAAUCCAAGAGGAACCUACACAAAUGUUCACCAAAAGCUGUUUUAGAUAUGAUGAAAGGUUUGGAAUGGUGAGAAUGAACAGGAUUUGAAUGAUUUUCUAGAGUCUCAUCCAAAAUUUAUCUAAUGCACAUUCCCUAACGAUGCCCAGGAUCAAUCAAGAGAUUUAUGAAUAACAGGAAACACAACUCAGACCACGCAUCCUGUUCCUCACCACUUAAACUUGCUUGAAAUACAGCCGUAAACCUAAUAUGAAGCAUCCAAGGGCACAGACACCACCUCAGCAAUUCAUCUUUUACACAAAGGAAGAUAGGUGUGUUGAGUUUAUGUGACAGAUUACAUAUACACACCUUUAGCCGUUCCAUUUGCACUGAGCUGCAGCCAACGUUGAGUUUUCAAUCAAGUUUAUAUGUUUCUUUUGGCAUUAUUUCACCUUGGAACAAACUUAAGCAGAUACCAACUUUUUCUGAUUUUGUUUUGUUUUUCCUUGCAGGAUUGGAAAGCAAGACACACAAGGGCACACAAGUUGCAACUCACUCAGGCAGUGCCUUCAGUUGUUAGGUUGGUGGUGUGAAUAAAAAUAACUGUUCUGGAGGGGGGGUGGGGGUGGGGGAGAAAAUCACCUGUCCUGGGCCAAUUAGUUCACCAAGCAGUCAUACAACUGUUCUCGGGGGGGGGGGGGUGUUGGAUGGGGAGAAAGAAAGAACACCCAAGAAGUUACCCAGUGGACCACUGGGCUCUCUGAAUUUCUGCUUUUCUAAGGCAAGAAACGUGCACACAAAACUAUAAAUGCUGCAUUGUGUGAUGGAAAAAAUACAAACUCCUUUGAAAUAUGCUUUACACUGGAUUUCUAUUGCUGCUUCUAAAGACUUCAAGCCCCCAGAGAGCUUCUGGAGAAUGCCCCCCCUCUCCCCACAAAGGGAAGUGAAACAGGUUAGGGGUUUUUGCCUCUGUUACAAUAUGCUUAUGAACAUGUAUAAAAAAAGUGGUCUAACCCUGACGGACAAGGGUCCCUGCUUCUGGUUUUUAUGUACAAUAAUUUAAUCAGCUUGAAUAUAUCUUUUUAAUACAUAAAAAAAAACUAUUUUUUACGAUCAAAAGUCCUUCAUGCAUUUUUGAGGAAGUUCCAGAUUUUUAACGUUGAAGGGAUGGUGGCAGAUGCUGUUUCUUGUCUGUUGUCGGCAUUUCAAUCUUGACCCUUGGCACCCAGAACACACUUCCUUAAACCUUUAGGGUUUUGAUGGUAUCAAGUCUCUUUUUCAGCAGUUCUCCCAUUUCCUGUAUCGCAUGUUGGUAACUGUUCUGGACUUUCCUCAGCACAGUCUUUGUAAACUUCUUUUCUUCCUGGGAAGAAACAUUUUUUGACACAGAUAAAUAAAUCAUCUGUGUGUGUUGUUACGUAAGCAGUUUAUAUACCACUUAACUACAAUGGUUGAAGUGGUUUGCGAAGAUACAAUACAAAAAUGAAAAUCAGUUAAAACUAUUGAAUCAAACUACACCUAAAACACCUGCUGGAAUAAAAAAAUCCUUCAGUAGGCACAGGAAGUUCAAUAGGGAAAGAACUUGCCUGACCUCAACUGCAAGGGAGUUCCACAAAACUGAGCCCACAAAUUACACAAAGUGUAAUUAAACACUUUUUGGACUAUAUGGAAUUGGCAGAAAUGACUGGCAGAAUCCGUGACCAGGGAGAAGAGUCGGUGGAAGAAGAUUGGAAGAAAUUUAAAGACUAUUUACAGAAAUAUUGCAAAAUUAAUGAAUGUUAGAAUGAUGUUGGAUUGAAGUUAAGUGGUUUCUAGCUGUAUAGGUAUAAAAGAAUAUGGAAAAAUUGGUUUUUAAUAUGUAAAAAUCUAACGUUACAAUAUAUCAAGACUAAGGAUUAGGAUUAAAAAGGAGGGAAAGGAAUUGUUGGAUUAACAAAUUGAAUUGGAAUACAAAAGAGGGAGGUAUGAGGAGGUCCGGGAAACAAGUAAAAGUAAAAGAAGUGAGGAAAAGAUGGAAUUGUUUUUAACUGUUUUUUCUUUUUUUUCUACUUUGUAUUUUUCCUUUUUAUUGUUAAUUUUUUUUAUUAAUGUGAUUUUUUCCCUUUGAAACUUUAAUAAAUAUUUUUUUUUAAAAAAACACAAAGUGUAAUUAAACACUUUAAUUACCUUUAAAAAUGUCUCAAAGUACAAUUGCACCUAACACUAAACAGCGGUUUGUUUUAAUCCUGAGUCAUCUCAAAUCAUAGAACCUCAAUGUAUAAGCAACAGUUUCUUACCUGCGACAGUAAAUUGUCCUCUAUGGAGAGUUCUUCAAGUUUAAGCGCAGCUAGAUUGAUUUCUAGCCCUUUGAUAUGAUCUAUCACAUUGGAAAUGAGAGUCUGGAGACCGGAAAUGUAAUCCUGAAAGCUGGUGAACACAGGGGGCUGCAGAGAGAAAAAUAAAAGCUGUUGCACCCUGACCCACUAAAUAUCUCUGCAAUGUUCUCCACAGAAGUAUAUCAUAGGUUUUUGUUUUGGAGGCAGUGCUUUUUAAUGGGUAUGUUUAGCAGCAUAAUGUAGGGACACGGGUGGUGCUGUGGUCUAUACCACUGAGCCUCUUGGGCUUGCCGAUUGGAAGGUUGGCGGUUCGAAUCUGUGCAACAGGGUCAGUUCUUGUUGUCCUGUCCCGGUUUCUGCCAACCUAGCAGUUGAAAGCAUACCAGUGCAAGUAGAUAAAUAGGUACCACUGCAGCGGGAAGGUAAACAGCAUUUCUGUGUGCUCUUAUCACUUAUCAUGGUCCACCAGGUGCCAGAAGUGAUUUAGUCAUGCUGGUGACACGACCCAGGAAGCUGUGUGGACAAACGGCGGCCUCCACAGCCUGAAGAGUGAGAUGAGUGCCGCACCCCGUAAUUGCCUUUAAUUGCCUUUGACUAGACUUAAUCAUCCAGGGGUCCUUUACCUUACUUUUUUACCUUAGCGGCAUAAAUAGAGUACAAAUCAAAACUAUAUUAUUGUUGCUGCUAUUAUUAAUCCAAUUUCUCACCUGUCCUUCACCAUAAAAUCAAAAGGCAGGUUACACUAAUUAAAAAAUUCAUUUUAAACAAAUUACCAUAUUUUUCGCUCUAUAAGACGCACCAGACCACAAGACGCACCUAGUUUUUGGAGGAGGAAAACAAGAAGAAAAAUAUCUGAAUCUCAGAAGCCAGAACAGCAAGAGGGAUCACUGCGCAGUGAAAGCAGCAAUCCCUCUUGCUAUUCUGGCUUCUGGGAUAGCUGCGCAGCCUGCAUUCGCACCAUAAGACGCACACACAUUUCCCCUUACUUUUUAGGAGGGAAAAAGUGAGUCUUAUAGAGCAAAAAAUACGGUAGUUAAGAGUGGGUCCUGAAAAUAUAUGCCUCAGGUGUUAAAGGCCAGGGUAAAAAGUAAUGCAAUGGAAGCCACAUAAUGAAAGUUUCAGAUGUGUAAGGACUGCCACAAAGAAUGCCCUCUCUUGGGUGCCCACUCCUCAAACCUCUGAGGUGGAGCUACAAAGAAGGCCUCCCCCACCUGACGAUCUUAGCACCUGAGAAGAGGAACCCUUUCUGAACAUUACUACAACUAAACAUGGAGGUUUCCAUUAGCUACUGUAGCUUAUAACUGAUGACAGAGAUCUAUUCUCUGUGGUUUUAGCGUAAUCUUUCCUUAAGACCAUCACACCUCAAUUAAGCAAAUUCCAUUAAUUCAUUACAGGAAACCCCUGUUCUAGGCGUGAACAAGAUGUGAGCGACUGCGAACAGACCCAAACCCAGAUGUGACCCGGAAAUGUCAUAAAAGAUGUAACCAAGAUGUAACCUUUUCAAUUAAGACACGAUUUCCUACCAUUGCUACAACACUCUCUUUUUUCUUCUUUUUCUUUUUUUGCAAGCUUGAUCUGUAGGGCCUGAGGACGGCGUCAGAAUAACUGCAUACCCACAGAACAAUGGAGAUGGUCUGCAAGAGUGAGAAAAGAGGUUGUCAAACAGGCACGUUAGGGACACUGAUGGGUUUUUGCAACCGACAAAAAGGGGGGGGGGGAGGACCAGCUUUCCAAAGGUCUCAUUACUCACCUCCACGAAGAAGACCAGAUUUUCUAAAAUAUUCGGAUGGGUUUGGAACCUGCCUUCCCUGACUUCCAACAAAUCACCUUUACAUUUAUUGAAUUGAUCUGUUUUUUUAAGAAAAGAAGGAAACAAGGUGAAACUCGUGGGAGAAAAAAAUCAAGUCUUACACAAGGCAGCAUAUUGGGAAACACUUUUUUGUGGCUUCCCCUUUCACAAUCUGCAUGCAAAGCAUGCACUCUAUAACUGAGGUAGAACUUUUCCCAUCCAACAUAUCAAUCUUUAUUAAUAUUGCUUUAAUUUGACUGGUGCUUAAUUACUUUUAAAGGAUUAUCUUUUCUUUGUUUUUAGCCCCCACCCCUAUUUAUUUGUGUUUUAUUUUUAUUCUGUGCUUUAUUUUGGCAGUGUCUGCAUACAUAACAAAUGGAAACCAUCUUUCCAAAAAACAACCCAAUUUAUUUACUCCUGGUGAUACCCUCACAUACAAAGAAAAGUGAAGUUUUAAUUGCAUAUGCAUAACUGAUAAGCACGGACUAAUGUAAAUUUCUUGUGGGCUAGAACUUUUGGUAAUGUGAUUUUCAGCAGAUUUACCUGUUAGUUGUUCUAGUAAUGAUUUAAAGCUAUUUCCUAUUCUCUCUUGAAUUGCUGCCGAAUCUUCUGAAAAUAAAGAAAAGUUAUCAAAUGGCUUAUGCAAAUAGUCAAAUUAUCUAUCUAUCUAUCUAUCUAUCUAUCUAACUAUCUCAAGGGACAGAUUUAGAAAAAAAAUACAAUGAAAACAAGCAACCGCUGGAGAAGAAAAAGACUAUCACAAUAAAAAAAACCCACCAGACUUAAAUUUGCUGCCGUACGGGGGUUGAACUAGAUGGCCCUUGAGGUCACAUCCAACCCCAAAAAUAAAAAAUAGAAACAUAUCUUUGGUCACAAUUAAGCAAAAAGCAAAGCAGUUCUUACAGUACAAAAAUCAUUCAGUAUAUUUCUGGGACCCACCCUAUUCCUGUGAAUCUUAAUUACCAGUAGUUUUAAACUUCUUCUAAUGCUCUUUUUUUAAUGGCUGCAAGUCACCCUGGAACCUUAAGUGAAGGGCAGUUAAGAAAUCAAAACAAGAAGAAGAAGAAGAAGUGGAGAGCACAUGGUAUGGGCCACAAGGCUCACCAUAUGGAAGAGAUAGAAUGGACACUCUGUGGCUGUCCAGAUAUUGCUGAACUACAACUCCCAUUGGCCAUGCUAGCCAAGGCAGAUGGGAGCUGGAUUCCAAGAAGAUCUAGAGGGCCACACAUUCCCCAUUUCUGCCUUGCCAGAUUGUAAUUUUCAUUUUUAACCCGAGUCAACGGAAGUACGGAGACAAGGCAGAAAAUUCCAAAGAAAAUGGCCAGAAGGCACAUAACCAGAUGGCAAGCUGAGAUUUCAUUGGGUUUUUCCAAAUCUUAAACAUCAGGAUUUUCUCCAGGAUUUUUUCCUUUUUUUAAAAAAAAGCUCAGAAUUCCACAAGAAAAGCCUUUGGCAUCAACAGCAGCUUGCAAGAGGCCAAUAUCUUCAAACCGAUCUAAAAGAGCAGCACACCCAUGUAUGCCUCCCUCCCGCUUCAGCAGACACACCUAAAUUGGCUGCUGGCCCCAGGAAUUUCAAGACUUACCUAACCCAAUAGUAUCUAAUUCAUAAAUUUCACUAACAAGGUGAAAUAAGCUGGUCUGGCACUGGCAGCUCCCACUGUUGAAGAAACCAGCCAUUCGGGAAGGUGGGGGGCCAAGGACCGGAUACUAGGCGGGAAGAAGAAAAAGGGGGAAGAAAAUUAAAUAUUGUACCUUUUGCAUACAGGAGAAAAGCAGAGUUGGUUCUUGGUAUCAGCUAAUUAGCUGUCCAAUUAAAGCACCUUGCCGGCACAUCGGAAGAAUCUCAACUCUCCUGGCAUAAUCACAAACUGUUUUAAAGAAAUCAGGAACAGAUUCUCUUAGCUGUACCUGAACUUUCUGCUCAAGGAACUGCUUUCCGGACUUCACUGCAGCGUCCAGCUUCCGCAGCAGAGCUCUUAUCAUGUCGAUCUUGGAGGAGACGCCAUUUUCCGUGGUUUUCUCGGAGUUCUUUGGCUGGGCGUUGUGGCCAAGAGCUGGCAGGCCACUUAUGAGCCGCAACAUCAAAGAUCGGAUCUGCAACCAUAUGGUCUCUUCCUCCAAGGAGAGUUCCUUGUGUUCUUCAGAAAUGCCCCUGAGAGAGAGAAAAAAGGAAGGAGGGAGAAGGGGAGAGGGUGUCCAAGAACUGAGACACAGAAGUACAAGCUCAAGCUUCCCUGCUCUAUUUGCAAGCCCAAUGCUGAGACACAAUCUGAUUGCGGAUGAGCAAGCCGAACUGGUGUGCAUCCCUGAGAUCUAGGUGGACCUGAUUUGACUCAGUUGUGCCUGCCCCGGUUCUUGGUGCAACAUCAAUUCAGACUGGAGGGCUGGUGGUGUAGUGUUGCUGUAGUCCGUAGAAGUGCACUCACUACCAUCAGAAAACCCUUCUCUCUUGGAGCAGGACUGGAGAGCCUACACCUGGUGUUAUAUUACUGUAAUGCGCUCUAUGUGGGGCUGCUGUGGCUUGGAAGCUCCAGCUGCUGCAGAAUGCUGCAGCCACAUUGCUGAUGGAAGUUUCUGGUUGAGGACACCAUUGUUAAAACAGCUGCCCUGGCUAUCCAUCUGCUACCGAGCCAAGUUCAAGGUUCUUGUAUUGAUUUACAAAGAUUUACUUGGGUCCCGGAUAUCUCAGGUGUUGCCUGAAACCUUAUAUUCCAGCUUCUUUUGCAGGAAUGUCUUUGGUCAUUCCCCAAGUUGGUGAAGCUCAUUUGACAACAACAAGAAAUCAAGCCUGUGCAGUAUAUCCCCUGAUUAUUAGUUUUAAUUUAUCUUUGCUUUUAGGUUUUUUUAAAAAUUUUAUGACUUUAUUGUAUAGUUUUCUAUUUUUAUGUUGUAAACUGCUGUGAUAUAUUUUAAAGGUGCAGCAAUAAAUAAAUAUUUUUAGAAAUAAAGACAAAAAAUAUGAAAAAGCAAUGGUAAACAGUGCAGGGAUUAUUGGGGAGGCCAUACAGUAGUGGGGAAGAUUCUAUUCACCCGAAGACUGGACAUCCUUGUGGAAAAGCUCCUCCAAGGGCCACCAGCCAGUUGUGGGCAGGGCCAGAGCCAAAAGUGGGAAAAGCAAUGGAUGCUGCUCCUACGCUUUGUACAAUAGGCUAUAUCCCAGAUGUGCAAAAGUUUUCUCCAUCCAGCAAGCAAGAGGCAUUAUCACAGUUCAAUGACCCAUUCCAGCCAGACAAAAGCACUUGAGGAGAGCGUGGAGAAGGGCCAGUGAGGGAUGUGGUCUGGGGGAAUCUCAAGGACCAGACAGAGUUAAAGCACAUUCAAGUGCGGGCUAAAUGUUAUCUAACUGUUUGCAUAAAUAUAAAAGGGAAGACAAUCCGUUUUUAGGUUGCAAUUUAGUGGACAAAUUCUUGAAAUUUAGCCUUCAGAUAAUGACAACCACAGCAGCGGAUUUUUGUACCUACCUGUCUUUUGGGUCCCAAUUAAACAAGACAGUGAGGUCUCGGUUGUCCCGCAGGUCAUUCCAGGGAAUGUCAUCCUCUUCUGGACUGAGGCUCAUGGACUUUAUACUUUCUUCCAAACUCACUGAUCUAGUUCAUGAAAAGCAAUACAGAAGUUUUGGGUCAGGUGCUAUUAGGAUGAAUUGAAGCGGAUUUUGACCAGACUUCAUUAGCACUCAGUCAGUGCAAUGAUGCACUCUUGAGCAGACUGACCCUGCUAUAAAUAAUGCAAUGCUCUGUGCAAAAAAUAAUUCAUCUUAUGCCCAGGAAAGCUGUAUUUUUCAACCUGAGAAAGUGAUAUAACAACUCCCACUCUUCAGCUGAGCCGAAGAGCACCAGGGUUCUCACAUCUGAGUACUGUGCAACACUUUGGGUGGAAGACAGCGAAUUCUGCUUCAUCGAGAGAUCUUUCAGUACCACUGGGACCUGUCCCUCAAUUGAGACAGCUAGCAGCACUUCUCCAAGCUAACAUCUCUCUCAGCUUUACCACCCCACAACCUGCCUGAGGGCCCCCCAGGAUAAGCACUCAGAAGAUUAGAAAUCAACUCUUCCAUACUCACAUAUUUGCUUCAAGUAAGAGGUCCAGUAACAUCCGUUCUGUGCGGACUUGUGCAAAGUGAAGUGAGGAGUUUAGUCUGUUCCUGAAAGCAAUGAAUUCUGGGAUCUUCUCAAAUGCACCAUAUUUAUAGGCUUGAAUAAUGUAUUCUGAGGUCUAAGAAGGAACACAGGAUGGCCUCAGCAUUAAUUAAGCAAGGAGCUACAGAUUUUCUGCAUCACAAGAAACAUAUGACCUUGGGAGCAGCCCUCCCGCUGCCUCUGCAGCACUAAAAUGUUCUGGGCAUGCGUCCCCUGCUCAUGCAGAAAUGCAAGAGACACACCCUUUGGAGAGAUUCCGUGUGUUCUCUGAGGGGAAACUGGGGUACACAUUUGGGGGUCCCUUUGCCACUUACAUCUUUCUGGUUGGAGUGGAAAAACCUGAGUGCAAAGUUGCAGGUUUGUGACGCGGCAGCAUAGUGACCGAAGGCUGUGGCAUAGCGUGUCAGCAAGUAACUGUAAAAGAAACAAAACCAAAACAGUAACCAUGAGAGUGCUGCUCUGCAUCCUCAUUACCUUUUGGGCUCUAAAGAGGAUCAAAUUUGACAGGUGGACAGGGUUCCCACCUGCCAAUCGCUUGAUACCACAAUUACCACCAACACCACACUACCCACCCGAUGGUGUCGUGCUGUAUGUGCUUGGCGUCGAGGCUGGAGUAAAGCUCCACGACUGGUUCAAACGCCCCGAGCAUGCAGUAGAUCCGGAUGAGCAACAAUUUGAACUGAGCAUUGGAGGGGCUGUGAGCCAGCCCUUCUUCUAGUAAAGUCAAGCAGUGCCAGGCAGCCGGCUCCUCACCUGGGAAAAGAACACCACACUCAAGCCUUGAACGAGAGAAAGGGGCAGGAAAGAUGGCCAAGCAGGGAUGAGAAGCCCUCCUUUUGCUAGGAUCCAAGAGCCACGGCCAUGUCCCAUGCUGGACACCCCACUGCUUCCCACAAUAUUAUGAUUAUUUAAUGUGUUUAUAUCCCACCUUUCUCCCAAGAUGGGAUUCAAGGCACCUUACAACAUUAUCAAAUACAAAGUAAUAAAAACAAAGUACUGUAUUUUUUGCUCGAUAAGACUCAAAUUUUCCCUCCUAAAAAGUAAGGGGAAAUGUGUGUGCAUCUUAUGGAGCGAAUGCAGGCUGCGCAGCUAUCCCAGAAGCCAGAACAGCAAGAGGGAUUGCUGCUUUCACUGUGCAGCAAUCCCUCUUGCUGUUCUGGCUUCUGAAAUUCAGAAUAUUUUUUUUCUUGUUUUCCUCCUCCUAGAGCGAAAAAUACGGUAGUUAGAAACAGUACAACACAUUUAGAUGCAGCAUUAAAAUGCUGAUUGCCUAAAAAAAAUGUCUGCACCUUCGUUUUCUAAGGCCUGUUUGAAUAGGAAGGCUUUAGCCUAACUUCACGAGGAAAGAAAUCCCACAAUCUGGGAGCAGCCACAGAAAAAGUGCAAGUGACCAAAGGUCACACACAGUGAGCUUCAGGGUCGAGUAGGGAUCUGAACCCUGGUCUCCCAGGUUUUAGUUCAAAACUCUAACUCAGGCUUCCUCAACCUCAGCCCUCUAGAUGUUUUUGGCCUACAACUCCCAUGAUCCCUAUCUAGCAGGACCAGUGGUCAGGGAUGAUGGGAAUUGUAGUUUCAAACCAUCUGGAGGGCCAAGGUUGCGGAAGCUUGCUCUAACCACACUGGCUUUUGUUCAUACGGCUGCAAACCAAUGCUUGAGCAGUUGUGGGCUGAAAUCUCUAUUUGCAUGCAUGCAGUGGAGCAUGUAAGGACAUACCUGCCUCUAGCCAGAUGUCAAGGAGCAAGUGAACAGCAAGCAGACAGUAGUAGUCGGAAAACUGCAACUCUGUUUUCAAACAAGAUUUUCCUAUGGAAAAACAAAGUCAAGCAAUGUAACUGAAAAACUUGUAGGUCUAGCAUUUUAAACAACACCUGGCUUGCAAAAGGUAUUGUUUAGCAAGUAGCUACAGUACUUCUUGCAUAUUUAUACAGAAGUCCACCCCACUGAAUUCAAUGGGACAUAAUCCAACAGUUAAGCAUGCCUAGCAUUGCACCCUAUGUGCCGUAUUUAACUAAGUUUUACUUAAGAGUGGAGCUAUUGAAACUAAUGAACCUACCUUAGUCAUGUUCAUUAAUUUCAGUGGCUCUACUCUUGAGUAAAACUUAGUUGAAUGCCAGCCAAUUUCUUAUUUCUGGAAAUCAGCAUAGACCUUUUACCUAAGAUUUAACUAAUAAACAGUUAAACCACAUCUGCUUAUAAUCCUUCUCUGACUAAAGUAACUUUUUCAGUUUGUCAAAGCAAAAUCCAUUAAAAACCAAGCAAAUCAUGUAAGAUAUCUGAUGCAGUUCCAUCCCUGAAGAUAAGUAGGAAUCCACUGGACUCCACUCUAGAACUCCUUAGAGGAAGGAUAAAAUGCAUCAGGGGGCUGAAGUAAGCCAAUAGCAAUGACAUGGUAGGAGGCAGAGGAAAUACCAUAUUUUCCCAUGUAUAACACACCCCCAUGUAUAAGACGCCCCUAUUUUGGGGGACUAAAAAUUGAGAAAAUGGGAGGGGGGAGAUUGCCCUUGUAUAAGACGACCCUAAUUAUUUUACAUUAUUUUAUCAUAAAAAACCAAGUCUUAUACACGGAAAAGUACAGUAAUUAUUAGGAUUUCCCCCAAGAACAGUGAAGUGGUCUGACAUUUAGGCUAGAUUCAAGCCCUCCUCACCAAAAUUCAGUCCGUGCCGAUAUCGUGACAUCAAGUCCUGGAUGGCUCCCAGUUUUUGGGCUUUGUCCAUGGUGUGGUAGAGGCCAAGCAACCUUGUCAACUGCACAACACACAAGUGUUGCUGCAAAGCUUUGAUGUUAGCUGGUAGUGCAAGUUUCUCUUCUGCUGGUGCAGACAGGGGGAUGACCCCCAGCAACUGGUUGAUGAACUGUGGGGGAGGGAAAAGGAAAUUUUAGAUUUGAAAUACCUAGCAGGGAUGGCCGAGAGAUCCCAUCAGUGCUGCUCCCCCCCCCCCCGAACUAUUUCCAUUCCACCUGGCCAUUAUGAAAACUUUAAGAACUGGCACCUGAGUCUGCUUUUCUUCUUUCCCCCUCACCCCUUUUUCCUUUUGCAUCUACCACCAGCUGCCCUAUGUAGAGGAUUCUAACGAAUCUGUAUGUGUUGAUAAUUGUGUUUUCUGGUUUUUAAAAAUGCAGUUGAAAACUAGGGGAAAAGCUUGAUCACAAAACAGUCUGUUCAAUGUAUGCCACAACUGGCCUGAACAACAAUGUUUAAGGAUGAACAGCAGGACCUUCUUCUCAAAUAACGGAUCACCUUUCUACUGGUUGCAGCUCAUGUACUGAUUGCUCCAAACUUGGUUUGGAUAAUUUGCAGUUGUCUGCUUGGAGACGAAAGGUUUGGACUCUGGCUCACAUGGAAAAGCUGACUAAACAGUUAGCAGCACUGAAUGGAAAACGAAUGGAAAGCUGUUUUGUAGAAACAGGGUAUGCCUUUACAUAUCAGAAACUGAUUCUGGCAAUGCAACGUUAUGGCAGGGUAUAUUUGGCUGCUCUCAAUAUAUUAUUCUUAUGAGAGAAGGGUGUUAUUUUUAUUGCAUGGGGGUUUCUUGCAUUGUUAUACUAGAAAACAUUUACAUUUUAAAUGUUACUUGUAAGCUGCCUUGGAAAGAUUUACAUCCGUUGUUAUAAAUAAAGCUGGUGGUGGCCCUUGUAUUUUUCAUAAUCUAAGCCUGUAAACUGGGAUUGGCUUUUUAAAUUAUUGUUUAAACCACUUAGGGAACCGCUGCAGCUGAAGAGCAAGGCUAAAAUGUGCUAAGAAGAUAAAUGUGCAGCCAAAGUUUCAAAAUGUAUAAGCAGAUUGUAUGUCUACAUCAGCCUUGUGCAAUCUGGUGCCCGUCAAGUGUUUUGGACUACACCACCCAUCAAAAUACCUUGAGGGCACCAGGUUGCAAAACCCUGGUUGAGAACAGAAAACACCUAAAUUUUCCAGCUAGAAACUGUUCUGCACUGGGUUCUGCAGGGGCAUGGUGUAGGCUUGUUUGGUUAGGAACAUUGUGAAGAAAGGGCAGAAUUCUCAAAUCCUUAUCAUCUAUGAGAGCCUGGGGACAAACAUUUUCAAUGAAUAUACUCGAAAUCGCUGCACAAUAUCACUUGUUCAAGGACACCAAUUGGGGAAAGCUGGCAUUGUGGGGGAAGCAAAUGGCAUCCUAUUCUCCCCUCCCUCAUGGAUACCAUGAAAGAAACCAAUGAACGAACAAAUAGUGAGACGAGUGGCAUGUAGAGGCAUGAGCUAGGGAAUCAGUGGGUAUGUAGUGCCCUCUUCCCUUAAACACUGCCACCUUCUUGAGUCUCCCUGCAGUCCUAAGAGAAACACACUUUUAAAAAAAAACCACACUUCUAAAAACUCACAAUAUUCAAUUCAGCACCAGAUCUCAGAUUUCACUCUUAAGUGACAAAACCCUACACAUGACGUUGCCUUGGAAAGCCAAAAUUCCUGCCUUGGAAAGCCUGCAUCAAGUGUGUGAGAGAAAUUUUCAAGGAGUUACAAUGAUGCUUUCCCUUCCAGUAAGGCUUUUAAUUAAGGGACCAUCAGCAGGUAUAAGGCAACAGGUUAGGAUUUCAAGGCAGGGUAGUCACCUUCCACCUGUGAUCCUAGAAAGCUGCUGCCAUCAAUAUUGGGCAAUGGGGACUCCUGCUGAUGUGGUAUAAGGCAGCAACAUCUAUCCUAAUAUUUUGAAGUAAGAUUUGUUUUAAUGUACUGAUGUUUACAACCUGCUUAGAAAUGGCAUCUGCUGGAUUUCACUCAAUUGCUCAGUGACCUUUGGCGGGAGCCACAUUGGAGCUAGCAAAAGAACAACAACAAAAAACCCCUCUUAACCUCAAUAGUGCUGGGACCAUAGUUCUCAGCAGUUUUGUUUACAGCCUCUGACAGGCCAGGUUUUUUUCCCCCUUUUCUUUUGCACAUUUAACCCUCUAGCCACAGGGGCUUAGAAGAACAAUGAGUUGAGCACCAGGAUUUCCAGCUGCUGAAAUCACUCAGCACAGCUACUCCUGACAGCAAAGUCUCUUUUGCUCUUUUGAAUAUUGGGGCAGGGCCCUCACUGCCCUACACAGCAUAGGAAGCAGAGGUAAACUAUAAAAAAAUAAUAAAGCAGUAGAUAAAAAAAUGGAUAAAACAGCAUCUUUAGUCAGAUUGCCCUGAGCUGGGGCAGGAGCACACAGGCCUUCAAGUUUCUGCAUAAUCCCAAGUUGCACCCAAAAUGUUUUGCCUUAAUUGUAUAUUUCAAUCACUGGAACAAAUAAUACAAUCAUAGCAUACUGAAAAGAAAAGCAAACAAAUGGCCACCAAACUUACCUUUGUAUAUUGGGUUGGUGGGAGGAGAUCUACAAACACCUUGAGAUCAGUAAAGCAGCAGGGUUUGUCCCCAAAUUGUUUGAAAUAUUGGAACAUCAGCUCUUCUGGAUCACCUUACAAGUAUAAGAGCAGUGAUUUAAGAUGUUUUUCAGCAGUAAAACAGAUAACUGUAGGGAAGUGACAUAUCUACACCUUAGCUUCUCUUACUGAACUGACAUGACUCCCUGGUGUACUUUGAAAUUUAAUACAGUAUUUAAGGCUAUCAUGAUGAAUUAGGAAGCUAGGUGCUAAACAAAGAUGAUUCCAAAUAACUGAAGGAAAAUCAAGCAUACAAUUGAGAAGGCAACAUGUGAGGAAUAUAGCAAGUUGGAACAGAGAGGUUUCAUUUUCCGAGUAAGGCUUACAAUUUUAACUGAGUGUUUUCAUUUUUAACAUAUCCUCUGUUGGCACACUCUCUUUAGCUUGGGGGUGUGAGAGAUGGAGAGUUCUACAAGUGGGGAAGGGAUGGAGCACAGCUUUCUUCUCUGCCCCCUGCCACCCUUUGCCUGCUAUGCUUAUACUGCUAGAGGUAUGCCAGCCACAAACACUCUUUGUGGGGGUGGAGGGAGUGGAAAUACAGGUUAUGGUACACUAUCCUCUUUCUGAACUCUGUUAUCUUCUCUCUGAAAACCCUUGGCAAACGUGCCUCUACACACAGACAUAAAUACAACAAUUUGGGCAUACAACUAAGAUGGGGAACUGCUUUUGUUAGAUUCAGGUAGGUAGCCGUGUUGGUCUGACGCAGUAAAGGUAAAGGUGCCCCUGACCAUUAGGUCCAGUAGCGGAUGACUCUAGGUGCAGCACUCAUCUCAUUCUAUAGGCCGAGGGAGCCGGCGUUUGUCUGCAGACAGCUUCCGGGUCAUGUGGCCAGCAUGACUAAGCUGCUUCUGGCGAACCAGAGCAGUGCACGGAAACGCCGUUUACCUUCCCACCAGAGUAGUACCUAUUUAUCUACUUGCACUUUGCUGUGCUUUUGAACUGCUAGGUGGGCAGGAGCUGGGACUGAACAAUGGGAGCUCACCCCGUCACGGGGAUUCGAACUGCCGACCUUCAGAUCGGCAAGCCCUAGGCUCACUGGUUUAGACCACAGCACCACCCGCAGUAGAAAUAUAUUUAAAAAAUUAAAAAAUAGUCCAUUAGCACCUUAGAGACCAACUAAGUUUGUUCUUAGUAUGAGCUUUUGUGUGCAUGCACACUUUUUCAGAUACCUGAAGAAGGUGCUACUGGACUAUUAUUUUAUCCUUUUGUUAGGCAAGCCAGUUCAAAUAGUGGCCAAUCUUUCAGAGGCCACAUUUCACAGGUGGACAGGGCAGCCCACUGUCAACUACAUGAUGGCAAGUGAUGUCAGGUAGAAGUGAUUCCACCUAGAAGCAGCAGGGCUUGCAUUCAGUGACAAAUUUAAAGUGUGCAGAAUGCAAGCUGAGGCUCCAAAGGAACAAUCAGGAGCACGUGGCUUGGAGUGCCCUCCUUAUUGUCCCUUUCUAGCCCUUGCUUGCAUUAGGUGCAGAUCUGAGUAGAAGAGACUCCACCCAAACGCAGCAAGGCUUGCACUCAUAGCCAAACUUAAACAGUGCUGAAUGUAAGCAGGGGCAACAAAGGAACAACCAGACUUCCUAUUGUCCCUUUGUAACCUCAGCUUAACCUGUCCUGCACCUGAUGGUGGGCAAAGUGAAGCCCAAAACAGCUGCAUGGGCCAAACUGAGAGGUUCACCAUCACUGGAAUAUACCAUUCCCUCUAAUAGCAAUCUCAGGUGUUGGAGCAUUUAUAAUUUUGGAAGUGAUAUGGGGCCAGGCAAAAGUACGGUGGUGGCUUUUGCACUCCAGAAACCAAAAACAAGGCAGUGGCUCCAGGUAAUCAUAAGUUUCUUAACUAAAUGAAAAUAACAGUUUUAAAAAACAACCAGAAACUGCAUGACAGGAGCCUGUGAGCUUACAAAUUGUUAGUGGCAACUGAGCAUAGAGAGAGAGAGAGAGAAUGGAGGGAGGAGAAAAUGCAAAUGGCCAUAGUUCAGUGGUGGAGCAUGUGCUUUGCAUGCAGAAGGUCCCAGGUUUAAUCCCUGACAUCUCCAGGCAAGGCUGGGCAUGUCACCAGUCUGAUGAAACCUAGAGGAGCAACCGCCUGUCACUGCAGACAACAGUGAGCAAUAUGGACCAAUAGUAUAAGGCAGCUUCCUAUGUUCCUAAAAGGGACGCAGGUGGCGCUGUGGGUUAAACCACAGAGCCUAGGACUUGCUGAUCAGAAGGUCGGCGGUUCGAAUCCCCGCAAUGGGGUGAGCUCCCGUUGCUCGGUCCCUGCUCCUGCCAACCUAGCAGUUCAAAAGCACGUCAAAGUGCAAGUAGAUAAAUAGGUACCGCUCCGGCGGGAAGGUAAACGGCAUUUCCGUGCGCUGCUCUGGUUCGCCAGAAGCGGCUUAGUCAUGCUGGCCACAUGACCUGGAAGCUGUACACCGGCUCCCUUGGCCAAUAAAGCGAGAUGAGCGCUGCAACCCCAGAGUCAGUCACGACUGGACCUAAUGGUCAAGGGUCCCUUUUACCUUUACCUUAUGUUCCUAAGGGCCCAAAGAAACCAGGGCCCAAAGAAACCAGGAAUCAGGAAGGCAGUGGAAGUCAAGUCUGUAGUUUGAGACACUGAAUAGCUGUGAACCAUCCAUACAAUCCUCCCAAAAGAAAAAAGGGGGGGCAAAAAAAGGAGGAAUUUGACUUGUCAUAGCGAAUAUCUGGUGUAUGUGUGGGGAGUUUGGGGGAAGGAUUCCUUGUCCAUCUCUAGAACUGUAUGCCCCCUACCCCACUAUAAAGCUAUGAGAUCUUUGGGGCAGGUAGGAAGGCCUUGGAGUUGGGGGAGAGGGGGAAAGAAGUAUUCUUAUCCCUUCCCUACGCCAGAAACUCAUCCCCCACUUAAGUCAAGAGUCCUGAACAAUACUAAAGGUUCCAGGCUAUAUUAGUGGGUGUGGUCACACUGCAAUAUCUUGUUGCAGAUCCCUGCUUGCUUCUUUUUAAAAGGACAUGAACUCCCAGCUAUCUGCCCAGUAAAUUUCCAUUUAGAUUUUUAACUUUUUAAAAGAAGCAGCAGGGAUGCAAAUACAUCUCACGUGACAAUUUGUGAAGAAUGUGCUGCACGAACUACUGAAGGGCUUCUACUUCACUCUCAGCAGGGAGACAACUCUUAAAGCACUGAUAAUACACACACACAAAGCUAGUUUUAGCGUUCCUUGUGCUGCAGCAAUUCUUGAGGCUCCAGUGUCUUACCAUCUAAAUAUUUACCAUUCACAAGCUGCCUCUCCACGCCAAGGAUUAAAAUAGAAGACAAACAAUCCUCUCCCCAAAGCAUGGGUGGAUUUCUGCAAUUCUUGUGCAGAGUUUACAUCAGCUGCGGCAAUCCCAGGACGGAGCCCUGGUUCUACUUUCACACCCUCUCCCCGUGAGGCUCAAUUUGGCAUCCCAUUAGUGGCCCUUACCCAAUUUGUGUUCUUCACUGCAGCCUCGGUGCCGCAACCGCCUGAUCAGCUCCAGUCGGGCGAGGAAAGGUCCCCGGAGUGGCCGGGCGCUGUUGGCUUCUUGUGUUAUCCUCUGCUCUAUGAAAGCCAUGGCUUGCUCUGUGCUGUGAUGCACUUCGCCUUCGAGAGAGCUGUGCACAAAGAGGAAGUAUGAGUUCCAGUGCCUCCAAACGGCCUUUUUGUGAAAUUCUGAUCAAGGAAUGGGACACAUGUAAAAAUCAUGACUUUUUAGGAUGGGCAACUGCAGGUCCAGGGGCUCAAUACCGCUCAUGGCAGCUUCCUGCCUCCCAGUAUAGCUCCAAUUCAAAGCCCCCAUUUCCUUACCCCCCAUUCUUUACCAUAGUUCUCCCUGCACAAGCCAAGGGCCCUUUAACCCAGGGAUGAGGAAAUUUUGGCCAUCCAGAUGUUCUUGGGACUCCAACUUCUAUCAGCCCUUGCAGCCAGCAUGACCAAUGGGCAGGCAUGUUGGGAGCUGAAAGCCCAACAACAUCCAGAGAGCUGCAGGUUUCUCAUCCCUGUUUUAAACCCUCCUCCCCAUCUGAAGAGCAGCGAAGGCUUGACCAGAGUCCUCCUCUUAUUUUGACCUCAAAGUGUUCAUAAGCCAAUAGACAGCUGGAGCAACCAGUUGGGUGUAUAGUAAGGUGAAGACCGUGACAAACCUUUGCCUGAUGCUGAAACUGGAACUUUGCCUACAUCCCAGCUGGCAUGCAGAGGAGUGUCUGUGACACUCAUUAAAUGAAGAAAUGAAAAUAUUCUGUCUGAACCCAUGUCCAUGUGGGAGUUUAGGGGUAACGCUCCAAGCACCUUCUUUAGCAGAGGAAUGUUAUGAAUUACAAAGGAGAGAGCUUUUUGUAUUGACGCCCCAACUUUAAAAUACCUUCUUGAAGGGUAUCUAUCCGGCACCAGCAUCAUAUUAUUUUUGGUGAAAGGUUAAGACUUUAUUUGCCAAGGUAUCUUAGAAGCAAAGUGCAGACUGAUGCCUUUUUGUUUCUUGGUUUUAAAUUUGUAGCUUAUAUUUUAUUUACUUGUGUUGCUAUUAUUAGCAUUGCGUAAUAUUGUUUCGAUGCUGUGUGGAUUGUUCCCACUGAUGAAAGGCAGGUUCUGUUUUCUUGUUACCUCAAACCAAUUUUGGUUUGAAUGAAUGAACAAACGAAUAUUGCUAGUCUUUCAGUGUCUGCCAAAAACUGAUUAAAAAUUAAGUAGCCUAAGAGGAAAGGAAAGCUGGUGUCUAUGAUGUCACUGGCAGGGUUCAUAUGCAACACCACACCUUGUUUUAAUAAACUAUGGGUAUUAGACCAUGCUUUAUUUGAUUGUCCAAACCUAGCCAGGAGCUUAAGUAUGAUUUGUCAACCACAAACUGAUCACACUUGUAAACCAUAAUUUGUUGCUUCUUAUAAACCUUGGGUUUGUGUCAGCCAUGGCUGAGUGUUACGUGCAAACCCAGUACUCAUUUUGGAUCAAGAUCUGAACUACUAAAGUAUUCAAGAAGGUAGAAGUGUCUCAUGCCCCUGGCUAGGAGAGAUGAGUAGAAACAUCUGAAUUUUUACACAUACGACUUCACAUGAGUUGAUGCACUGGGCACUCAUUUGGUCCUCUCAAAACAUUUCUUCCUAGAUGACACAGGAUCCAGAUGCAGGCAAUAGCUGGUGCUGUGUUUGGGAGUAACGAACUAACAGCCAAGUGUACUAAGGAAAUGAGCUCCUAUUUCUCUACUCUCAAAGCCCCCUUACCAUGCAAAUAUUUCAAUUAAAAAGAGACAAACGCUCAAAGCCUUCAAAAGACACUCACUGCUCUCCUUCAGCUGGGGGAGUCCAGGCUGCGUCAAUCAGUUGAAAGAUGGAAUUGAAAUAGAUCAUAUAAAACUGCCAAUCAUCUGGGCUAAAACAGAAAAGAGGCAAGCAGAAGAACUGAGCACAGUGUAAAACUAACAUCUCUCUCUCUUUUUCAUGUUACAGAAGGCAAAAUGCCGGCAUCUGGGGUAAAAGUGUGCUGAGAUUCACUACCUAGCAAGGAAGAUAAGAACAGCUUCAUGUCUGUUGCCUUUCACAUCUUAAAGAAAAGGCAAAUUAAGAUAAGCAUCCCUAACGAAAAAAUGCACCAGUGAAAAUAUUGAGCCUUUAGUGUCACCAGCCC